UAAGCCGGUCUUUACCGCGUUCCCAAAGUGCCUAGCCCGUGGGCUUGCGAGGCGGUGGUGUUUUCAAAAAUUUCCGAGACUAUAUAUAGCAGGUGGUACAGAUGCCACCUGAUAGUCCUAAUCCAGCUUCGCCGCACCGAAUCAGACGGAACGGAGACGGCGAGAGACAGUGGAGCGUUGUACUGAGCUGCAGCGUGGUGACACUGCUUUGUCUUACAUCGGGGGUGACUAUCGCAAUCCCGUCGAACGUAUUCCUCGACUUGGCACAAAAGGAUUCUCCUCAUCGGCUCACUAUAUUCCAGCAAUCAGUCUUCGCUGCGCUAGCCUCAGCGGGGGCAGUAGUAGGUGGACUGGCUGGCGGCUGGGUUGCAGACCGAUGGGGCAGAAAAUGUUCUCUGAUGUUUACUGGCGUCCCCGUACUAGUCGGCUAUCUAUUCAUUAGCUAUGCUCAUUUCUCACCCGUCACAGAGACGUUUGUCAUCUUACUCUAUGUGGGACGGCUAUUGACUGGAAUUGCCAUGGGCUCUUCUUCAGCAGUAGUUGGGGUCUAUAUAACCGAGGUUUCGUCUCCUAAACUAAGAGGACUGUUUGGUACAGCUCAAGAGUGCCUUGUAGUGGCUGGCAUAACCCUAAACUAUGCUCUGGGCUCCAUCAACGGAUUUCUCUACCACCAGACUUCCCUGGUGGUGGCUGGAAUAGUGACGUUGUUUGAGGUGCUCAUGGUAUGGAUGCCCGAGACCCCUAGGUCCCUACUGUCUAGAGGGUACGCGACGGAGGCAGAGAAAGCUCUCCAGUGGCUGAGAGGUCCAAAUUCUCCCACCGCAGCCAAGGAACUGAUAAAGAGAUCAAACAAAACAUCGUAGCCACUAGACGGUCUUCUUCUAAAGGACAAGUCUGGAAGGUGGCUUUCAGGAAAAGCUUGCUUGUCCCGUUGUUUUACGUCAUAGUAGUGCUCUUGGUUAAGCAAUUUUGUGGAAUCAAUGCAAUUCACACGUAUGUGGGUGAAAUAUUUGUCAAUGCUGGUGUAUCAAACCCCAGAACAACUGCCAUAUAUACUGCUGGAGUGUCCAGUAUGGUUGGAAUACUAGUAGCCUUUCUAAUGGUGGACAUAGUCGGACGAAAAGCUCUGCUUGUAACAAGUGGGCUGAUGAUGAUGGCUGGCUCGACUCUGCUGGGAAUACACUUCUACAUCACAAGACCGUCUCUUUGCAGCCUUUCAGAGUCUGGUGGACACAUUUGCAAUGCCCACUUUGCCCCUAUCUCUAUCGUGAGCGUCACUGUCUACACCUUUGGUUUCUCUGUGGGAUUUGGUCCCCUGUCGUGGGUGCUGGUGUCUGAACUAUUGCCUCUCAGUGUACGCGGCAAGGCGACCGGACUAUGUAUGGUCGUGACGUUUGUCUCUUCCACGGUUGUGGUGGGAACUUACCUGGAGCUGGCUCAUGAGCUGGUGAAUCCGUGGUUAGUGUUGUGGACCUACGCACUGGUGUCCCUGGCUGGUUCAGUAUUUGUGCAGGUCUUUAUUCCUGAGACAAAGGGAAAGAGUCUAGAAGUCGUGGAAAGAAAGUUUAGUAAAGACAGUUCUGUAGCUGUAAUCUCGGCAUAGCCUUGAGUGAACCCAAAACCACUAUACAGGUCUGUGUGCACGGUGUAUUUAUUAAUUAACUGCACAUCAAUGAAGUUAAAAGAGCAGCUUCAUGAAGUGGACAAAAAUGGCGACGUAGCUCACAGAGUGUGUUUCAAACUCUGUCUACGGGUCUUAUAGUUCCAGUCCCUCUGGAUCUGAUGAAAAACUCUCGAUCUGAUUUCUUGUUGACUCGAUCGACUGCAUCUGUCACUCUAGACAAACUCUGAAUGAUUACACAAUGGAGGGUGGGAAAAUAAAGUUGUGAGAGACAGCAGAGCACGUGAUAAAGUUACAUUUCAUCAUGUAAAUUAAUAUACACACAGACUCCUAAGGGUUUCGCUUAGUAAACUUGCAGGGAAAAAGCCGAGGCAUCUGAUAUUUAGGAAACUGAGUAAAGAGCAUUUUUCCCUCAAUUUUUUUAGUUGAAGGGGCACGAGUUAGUCAUUAGCAAGAGCUCUAAAUGUGACAGUACAUAAUGCCUAAAUUUA